CUCAUUGUUGCUUCUUUUACGUAACGAUAGAUACAUUGCGUUGUACACGUCCAGUACAGCCCAGUUCCACAUUUCGUGCCGACUACUUGUUCUACAAAUGGCUCAACAUAUCGUUUGCCGUCUUCUAAUGCCAAUUCGCCAACUUACUUCCAAACAAAGGGGGUAUUUUGUGCGGUACCUGUCAUCCGACAUCAGUAGCGGGGACAUGUAUCCCUCUCCUCAAGUUGAACCAUGGAUACCUCCUUAUGUUGAAAGAGAAAAUGAAUCGUCGAGUUUAAAAAAAGCCAGAUUGUUGUAUCAGUCCAGAAAGCGUGGAAUGCUUGAAAAUGGGCUCAUCCUUAGCACAUUUGCCUCACGUUACCUAGAAGGGAUGAGUGACGAUCAAAUGUCAUUAUAUGACAGACUAAUCAAUUUGCCAUCCAAUGAUUGGGAUAUUUACUACUGGGCUACUGGUGUAAGAGAAACCCCAGAAGAAUUUAACAAUGAAGUCAUGGAUUUACUAAAGGAGCAUGUUAGAAAUAAAGAUAAAGAAUCAAGGUUUAAGCAACCUGAUUUAUAUUAAAUGGUUGCAAUGUAGAGUUGUAUUUUGGAAUUGACUUGAUAGAUAUUAAAGCCAACAAACUGUAA